UAUUGAAGGGAGGGGAUACAUUAAGGGGAACUAUUGAGAAUUAUUUCACUUGAAAACCUAAUUUUCCAUUCAUGAGAUAAUUACAGUAAUAGGAAUAUUUAUUCUAUUUAUAGAUGAUAUGAUGAAUUGAAGACAGAUAUGCUAAAUAAUGGUCUGGCAGCGAGAGGGUUAAACAAUGCUGCGGCGGAUGUUUCCUGGCUGUGAUGACCUCCGCUGGGUUAUAGGCUGGGAGUCACAUUUGGGUUAGUCUCCAUGUACAGCACACUCCCCUUCCCCCUUCACAAGUCAUGUGACUAUGAUGUCAUUCCUUCAAGCAGCAACUCUAUUCAGCCACAUAGACAAGAGGCAGCAGUGCCAUUAGCAUGUAACUUCCUGCUGGGUCUGUUACCAUAUGUAACACAGUGAAAUACACACAGGCUACAUGAUGCAACAAAGGAAAGCUGAGGCUGUGGACAUGGGACCGCUGUGCACGUGGACUGCUGCACUAUAGCCUCAGGACUACGAAUACCCAUUCUGCUUCAUGGCGGAUCAUCUGGUACUUUAUUGCAGGAAGUAUUUUACUGACUUGUAACCGGGAUCUUACGAAUGCUGAGCAAUGGGACAGUCCGGAAUAUUUGGAUAUCACAGAGGGGGAAAGAGUUUGGAUGGAUUCAGCAAUGGACGAAACAUCUCCAGACCUUAAACAUGGACAUCCUGUGUAUAGUGACCAAUUUCCAGAGGAUUCAAUGUCCGAACACUGGGAAGAGUCCUUCUUUCAGCCGUCCAGUGUGUUUUCCACAGUGGAACUAGGUGCCGCCAUGGUAGACUCAUACCGUGGUCCAGGUAAUAGUGAUACCAGGAGCAACAAAGAGUUGCCCAUCCUUCUGUGGUGGAGUGAGAACUUGUUUCCUCAUUUUCCGGGGGACAAAGAGCGCAUAGAUUGUCCCCUAAGUUCAUGCAUGGUAACAAAAGAUAAAAGAGUGAAACUUCACAAAAGGACUAAAUCCAUUAUUUUCUAUGGCACAGACUUCAGAGCAUAUGAAGCUCCACUGCCCAGAUUACCUCACCAGACAUGGGCACUGUUUCACGAGGAAUCUCCGAUGAAUAACUAUGUUCUGUCCCAUUUGCCAGGAAUUCGUCUUUUUAACUACACUGCCACCUUCAGGCGAGAAUCUGAUUACCCCCUCACUUUGCAGUGGCUGCCCACUAUUGGUUACUUGCAAAACCUAGCAGUGCCUGUAGCAGAAAAAAACAGAUGGCGGGAAAAAGGUUAUGCCCCCAUAUUGUACAUGCAGUCCCACUGUGAUGUUCCGUCGGAUAGAGACCGUUACGUAAGAGAGUUAAUGAAAUACAUUCAGAUCGACUCAUAUGGUCAGUGUUUGAAGAACCGCCAAUUCCCCAGCAAGAGACUUGAGGACACUUCAACGGCCACCACAGAAGAUCAAGAGUUUAUGGCAUUUACAGCAAGAUACAAGUUUCAUUUGGCAAUGGAAAAUGCCAUGUGUCCUGAUUAUAUGACAGAAAAGCUAUGGCGGCCUAUGCACAUAGGAGCAAUCCCAGUUUACCGGGGAUCCCCUUCUGUUCAGGACUGGAUGCCCAACAACCACUCUAUUAUAUUAAUUGAUGACUUUGCAACGCCAGAGGAACUGGCCAAAUUCAUCAUUUCUUUGGACAAGGAUGAUGAAUCAUAUCUCAAAUACUUGGAAUACAAGAAACCUAGUGGGAUAACAAACAAGCUUCUUCUAAACAGUAUAGAAAAGAGAGAAUGGGGAGUGAACGAUAUGUCGGCACCCAACUACCUCAAUGGUUUUGAAUGCUUUGUGUGUGAUCAGGAGAAUGCUAGAGUCAAAGCUGAGAAGAAAUAUAGGAAGACCCAGGGAAGAAGUCCAGCUCCAGUGCCACAUAUCGCCGGGUAUAAUCACAUGGGGUGUCCAAUGCCUGUGCCUGGUAUAGGAAGUGCUCAUGAACUCCCUGAAAAUGACAGCUGGAAACAGAUGUGGCUGCAAGAUUACUGGCAAAGUUUUGAUCAAGGGGAGGCACUUACUGCUAUGAUUCUACGAAAUGAAACAAGUCAGGAUAAAUUUUGGGAUUUCAUGCAUGAAAUGUAUAUAAAGAGAAACAUGAACCAUUGAUAGCUAUUUUUAUACAUUUUUAUGACAGUUGCCUAAUAUUUUUGAAUACCAAAAAUAAAACAAAUCUUGAAAGACUUUCACCAUGACCCUUUUCAGUUCUUCUAAGGAAGAAUUAGCUGUACUGGCCAUGGUUUUUUAUUUUUAUGUGCCAAAGCAUUUUUAUUCACAAAUCCUGGACAUUAAUGGAUAUUUCCUGGAUGACUUUAUUCUUGAUUGUUACUCUCCACACUUCUAACAUCUAAAAGCAUUUCAGCUGGCAAAAGAAAAACUUGAAAGUGUAAAAAUAACCAAAUUUAGUGAUAAUAUUGAAGUUGUCACAGUCUGUAUGUAUGAGAUAAGAGAUGAGUGUAACUUAAAAAAAAAAGUGACCAAUAGAUUGCUAUGUGGAUAGUGUUAAAAGAAAAUGCACCCCUAAGUGAUUCAUGUUACAUGUGUGUAAAGGGGUUGUCAAAGCUAUUUAAAAUAAAUUCACAUCCUGCUAGGGUGAUAACAUAACAAACAUUUAUGCUCACCUGUUUUAUCAUUACACUAGCUGAGUACCCGGCGCUGCCCGGUUUUUCCUACCUUAUCCUUGUGGGGGAAAAGCAACAAAGGAGGAAGCUUUUGUCAUCAUAUCCCGUCCCAAUAUCCCGACCCCAAAUUCCCUCCUCGUAUCCUGUCCCCAUAUCUCUCGUCCCCAUAUCCCGUCCUCAUAGCUAAUCCUCAUUUCUAAUCCUCAUAUCCCGUCCUCAGGUGGGGCUGCGUUAUGGUAAAGAUAUUGUUAGCUGAAAAUAAAAGGGGUGUGGCUUAAAAGGUGGUCAUGUCUUUGUGAGAUAGGGUGUGGCUUACCAGCCGGACUGACACAUUCACCAGGAGAUGCAGAGCGGAACUUGUGGAGUAAGGCACCAAAAGUCCUAUAUACUUGCAUGAGACUUGAAAAAAAAAAACAUCCUUCACAUAUGGGGGCAGGUUAGGGGUUAAUGUAACUUUUAUAUAUUUUUAUUUGACAUAUAAGUAACAUGUGACCAAGUAUUAUCAAAAUAUCUCAAGCUG